GUGUGUGUGUGUGUGUGUGUGUGUGUGUGUGUGUGUGUGCGCGCGCGCAUGUUUGUGUUUGUUUGUGCUGUGUCGGUUUUUAGAUACAUGUUACAUGCCUCUGCGUUGUCUGGAAUCAGAAUCUCCGGUUGAAUUUUUUUCCAUCUUUAUAUUGUCUGUUCUAUUUCGAACAGCAGUGGGAUUUGAAAUAGAAGACGUAAUGAUGUAAUGUUCUGCAACAUGGUAGCAUGCUUCAAGCAUUGGGUCAAAGUACUACAUGUGUGCAGUAGUGAGUAGGCCUAGUCGAUAGGUCAACAUGACACAGAGUAGUUCGACUAAUAAGCCUAUAUCUAUAUCAAUCUAUAUCCACACAUAUCUGUGUAUCUAUAUUUAGGCAUAUCGUUCUUCAUACACUAUCAUAAAGGCUCGACAUUUUAUAAGGUAUUUACAUUUUUUGAAGUUAAGGUUUUUGUAUUCAAAAACACGGGAUGAACACCGCUUGAACCGAAUGACCCAAAGUGAUCAUAGUGAACACGGUGAUCAUAGUGAACACGGUUAUUAUAGUGAUGUUAGCGAACAGAAUUGAUGCAGUGAUUAUGGUGAGCAGAAUGAAACACAGCUUGAACACGCCACCGGGAGCGACAUGACGUUGCCACGGCAACCGAUCACCACUCUGCCCUGUUCAGCUUUGUAACAUCCGAGACACGGGGGUAAGUGUUUAGUUACCGUAAAUAACCGUCUAUCUACUUCUGUUUUACCGGGACGUUGGUCGAAGACGGCUCAAAUCGUGAUCUGAUAAGCUAAGUUAAACUCUGAUCACUUCAGAUCACUUCAGAUCAAACUUUUACUUUGAAGGCGCGGCUGAAGUAGGCCAGAGAAGCGUUUGAUGUUAUUGUCCGUCGAGCUCACGAGGCAAAGGACCACCUGUUUGAAGACAGUAGGAUGCGAGCUCAUAGGCAAACCACGGGGGUCCACCCCGAAGGCAUGUCCCUCACACCGAUGGUCAACAGGUAUAAACUGCACCUGGCAGCGGUGAAGUCUCUGGUCCCGGAGAAGCUGCACAGGACAGCGAAUCUUAAUGAGGAGACAGACCCUCGGUUCUGUGACCCUACAGGAGAGAGAAACACUCACCCCUCACUGACAAAGAACUACUCAAAAACAGACCAGCGGUCCGCCGGGGGCCGGAGGAGGCCAGAGGCCCCAUCGGUGCUCCUCCUGGCUGGGAGGUGUUUGGACUCCGUCCACGGAGGCGCCUCAGACCUCCAGCCCAACCCCGGUGACAGGCCGAGAAGGCCGGCCCAGAGUGCAGGAUAUAGGAAGGAUGGCAGCACCUUCCCCCCUCCUAGACAAUCAGGUGAUUGGGAAGAGAUGGACGAGGGUUCGUUACACAGGCUCCCCAGUACCUUGUUGUCCCGGGAGGUUGUGGGGUCCAGCUCUGAGCGGAUUGAUCUGGACAGGCGCUGUCUGGACGCGUGCCCCCAGCUGGGCUGUAUGGACGGGCUGCGUCUGCUCAACCUGCAGCACAACCGGAUCCCCAGGGUGCUGCACCUCUCCCAGCUGCAGCGGCUGGUGUUUCUGGACCUCUACCACAACCAGCUCUGUGACAUGGCCGGCCUGGAGGGCCUGCUCUCCCUCAGGGUGCUGAUGCUGGGCCAGAACAGAAUCCGUAAACUGAGUUGUCUGGAAAACCUGUCCAAACUGGAAGUUCUGGAUCUGCAUGCAAAUCAGCUCACCAGGAUAACCAACGUGUCCCACCUGGGCCGGCUGCGCCUUCUCAACCUGGCAGGAAAUGACAUCAGCCGCGUGGAGAACCUGCAAGGUCUGGACUCCCUCACUGAACUCAACCUCCAACGCAACUGCAUCUCCUCUGUGACGGAGCUGGAAACCCUUCCCUGCCUGCAGCGCCUCUUCCUCAGCUGGAACAACAUCAGCAGCUUGGCAGGGAUCGCCUGCCUCGGAGACUCCUGCCCCCUCUCUGAGCUCACCCUGGAUGGGAAUCCUGUAGCCCUGGAGACAUGGUACAGACAGGCCGUCCUACGCUGUGUGCUUCACCUCAAACAGCUGGACAUGAAGCGGAUCACAGACGAGGAGCGGCGUAUGGCUGCUGUCCAGGCUCGGAGAGAGGACGAGAAGAAGAAGGAGACGCACAAGCAGGCGGUUCAUAAGGAGAAGCGGCGGCUGGCCAUCCGUAACGCGGCCCAGCAGUGGGAGGGGGUCCGGGCCAGCCUGGAGCCCCCCCCUCCCAAUGGAGCCAAGGAGGAGGUCAGUCCGGAGAACAGCCCCGCCCACAGCCCCGCGCAGACCAAUGGCAUCGCCCAGGAGCCCUCCCCGGACGAGCCAAAGCGGGUCAGCCCCCUGUCAGGACCCGAGAAGCCUACCAUUGCUAGUGAGAACCGACUCCGCGUGCCCAGCCGUCCCAACAGCCCCCGAGACCCCAAGCUACUGGAGGCCGGCUCCGCGGUGCAGAUCCUGUCGCUGUCGGAGCAGCACCUGGCGGAGCUGGACGGGGACACGUUGCGGCUGGUGGGCCCCGGGGCCCUGGAGGCCCUGGAGCGCGGCUGGGGCGCGCAGACCGCUGGCGCCGUCUGCACCAUCACCUUCCGCUACGUCCAGUUCGACGCCAUCGUGCCCACGCUGCCCCGCAUACGAGUCAAGUUCCCCAACCUCACGCACCUGGUCUUCAUGGAGACCAACCUGAGCCGGCUGGUCCAGCUGGCGGCUCUGGCCCAGCUUAGGCGGGUGGAGCAGCUCACCAUCCACCCCGAGGGGAACCCGGUGGCCGCCCUGGCCCUGUGGCGCCCCUUCCUCAUCUACCGCCUGCACCACUUCAACCUGCAACGCCUCAACGGCCUGGAGGUGACCAUGAAUGAUGUCAUAGCGGCGGAGCGAGUGUUCGGGACCCUGGGUCUGGUGGCCGCCACCGAGACGCCGCGCUGCCGCCUGCUGCUGCUGCUGGAGGAGUCCCGGAAGCGGCAGCUGCAGUUUCACCUGGAGGGGCGUGGCCGGCGGCCUGGCCAGAGCCCAGAGGAGCUGAGGGAGAACGGGAAGCUGCUGGGGGAGGGGCUUAGCCGGGCGCUGUUCAACUACCCGUGCCGGGACGGCGCGAGCGACAGCUCCGAGGAGGGCGCUGUGGAGCCGUCGGAGCGUGCCGCCAACACCCAGCAGUACCUGCAGGAGCUGGUCCAGCGGGCGUCCGACACCCACCUGAAGGGAGAGGCGCUGCACAAGCUGUGGCCCUCUCUGUUUGUGGAGAUGGUGAGGGACUGCGUGUUGGACAUGAGGGACCGGCCGUCCUACCGCCAGGCCUGCCUCCUCAGACUGUCCCACAGCAAGUGAAUGGGGCCGGCCAUGUGGAGCCAUACAUCAACACACACACACACACACUGACUGUAACAUACACAAAUGACACGCUGAGACACACACGGGGAGACACAGACACGAAGAGACACACACACACACAUACACACACGGAGAGACACACACACAC